AUGUCGGGACACGAGCCCCAACUAGCGAAGGCCACCGCUCUGGCCGCCGAUCUCAACGUCGACCCACCGGAGACCGACGCCGCCGUCCCCUCCACGUGCCAUCCCCCGAGGGACUCGGACACCUUCGAAAGCGAAUCUAAGAGAUUGACCAAAUUGGGAAAAAGUCGGUGCAGGAAUUUCAAGGUGGAGCAGUGCCCAAUGGACUGCGGAGCUGACCCAGAUGCCACCCUGCCAGGUCAACCCGUCUCUUCUUCUUCUUCUUCUCGUGAAGAAAAAGUCAGCAGCCUCAAAACUGGUUUGGUUCAUGUUGCGAGAAAGAUGCCGAAAAAUGCGCAUGCCCAUUUCAUACUGGGACUAAUGUAUCAGAGGCUGGGUCAGCCUUCAAAGGCAGUUUUUGCAUAUGAGAAGGCAGAAGAGAUUUUGCGCCGGCCCGAGGUUGAUAUUGAUAGGACAGAGUUGCUUUCACUGGUUCAAAUUCAUCAUGCGCAGUGUAUAAUGCUGGAAAGUUCAGUGGAUGGUAGUUCGGAUAAAGAGCUUGAAGCUUGGGAGCUUGAGGAGAUUCUUUCAAAGCUAAGAGAAUCGAUGCAGUCGGAUGUAAGACAGGCAGCUGUGUGGAAUACUCUUGGUUUGAUACUGCUUAAAACUGGCCGUCUGCAGAGUGCUAUUUCAGUAUUGUCAUCUUUGUUAGCUGUUGCCCAUACCAACUAUGAUUGCCUUGCGAACCUUGGGAUUGCUUACCUUCAAAGUGGAAAUCUGGAACUGUCAGAAAAAUGUUUCCAGGAAUUGAUCCUCAAAGAUCAAAAUCAUCCCACCGCCUUGAUCAAUUAUGCUGCUCUUAUAUUGUGUAGAUAUGGCUCAGUAGUCGCAGGUGCUGGGGCGAAUGCUGGUGGUGCUUCUGCAGAUCACGUUUCUGCUAUCAAUGUUGCAAAGGAGUGUUUGUUAGCAUCUUUGAAUGAAGAUCCUAAAGCAGGACAUAUAUGGGCUAAUCUUGCAAAUGCCUAUUCUAUGACUGGUGAUCAUAGAAGUUCCAGCAAGUGCUUGGAGAAGGCGGCAAAAUUAGAGCUCAAUUGUAUGUCUACACGAUAUGCUGUUGCAAUACACCGAACCAAGGAUGCAGAACGAUAUCAAGAUCCCAGUGAACAACUUUCCUGGGCAGGAAAUGAAAUGGCUUCAGUUAUAAGAGAUGGAGACUCUGUUUCAGUUGAACUUCCCAUAGCAUGGGCAGGGCUGGCAAUGGUCCAUAAAGCCCAACAUGAGAUUUCAGCAGCAUUUGAUACUGAACAUAAUGCACUGAUAGAGGUGGAAGAACAUGCUGAUUACAGCUUAAAACAGGCAAUAGCUGAGGAUCCAGAUGACGCUGUGCAAUGGCAUCAGCUUGGUCUUCAUAGCCUUUGUGCGCUACAGUUCAAAAAAUCUCAAAAGUAUCUUAAAGCUGCAGUUGCCCGUUUUAAAGAAUGCAGUUAUGCAUGGUCAAAUCUGGGUAUCUCAGUGCAACUAUCAGAGCAGCCAUCACAAGCGGAAGAAGUAUACAAAAGGGCCUUGUCAUUGGCGACUACUGAUCUUGCCCAUGCUAUAUUCUCCAACCUUGGGAAUUUGUACCGCCAACAGAAGCAUUUUGAACGUGCCAAGGCGAUGUUUACAAAAUCUCUCGAACUCCAGCCUGACUAUGCUCCAGCUUUUAAUAAUUUGGGUCUUGUAUUUGUUGCUGAGGGUCAAUGGGAAGAAGCGAAGUUCUGUUUCAACAAGGCCAUUCAGGCAGACCCAAUGCUGGAUGCUGCCAAAUCCAACUUGAUUAAAGCUGCUUCUAUAUCAAGAUAAUAUGCAGAGUUGAACUCUUCAAGAUUAUGCGUACCCGAAUGUAGAGUAUGUAGGUUUCCUCAGUGAUGAUUAGGGUAGUAAAACUGUACUUGAUCAAAAGAAAAGAUAGAGUGCCUCCCUCAAUUUGUAUGUUUGAUUUUUCUCUUGUACAAAAUUAUGAAGAAGCUAGAGUUUGCAUAAUAAAUUACAUCACUUUGCAGUCCAAA